UAGAAUUGAUGCUGAUCAGCCGUUGGAGAUGGGGGAUAGAUAGAAAGACGGUGGCACCACACGAUUCAAAUCUAAAAGGACCUUUGAGACCAUGAGUCUGCUUCACGCAUCCCCAUGGCGUCCGUGUCCACCAUCCCCAGAAUAGUUGCGCCACACUCUCAGAAAUUCCAAAAAGUGCCUCGGUUGAGGCCCAUUUACGUCCAUGGCUCUUGGGCAAUGAAUGCAGCUCCUCAAUCUCAAAAAUACGGGUUACCCACCAAGAAUCUUGGAGGUCGACCUAGUUUCGUUCAGAUGGGUUUCGUCAAAAGUAGCAGAAAUCAGCGAUUCCUCGCAAGAUCAUCUUCUUUCAGCGACUCCGUUUCUUCCAAAGGCUUCCAGAAGGUGGUCCAGAUCCUACACUUGCUUGUGUCUCUUGGGAUAAUUGUGGCAAUGGACAAGAUUCUGAAGAAGGUCUUCAUAUCUGCUGCCAUUAAGUUUCCGAGCGCUCUGUUUGGGAUGUUUUGCGUUUUCUCUAUUCUGAUGGUACUGGAUUCCGUUGUGUCUUCUGCUGCUGCGGGAUUGAUGAGCUUCUUUGAGCCUGCAAUUUUGUUUAUCCAGAGAUGGCUUCCUUUAUUUUAUGUACCAUCAUUAGUAGUGCUGCCUUUGGCAGUUAAGGAUAUACCUGCAACUUCCGGUGCCAAGAUUUUCUUCAUCUUAGUUGGUGGAUGGGUCGCUUCUCUUUCAGUGGCAGGAUACACUGCAAUUACGGUCAGGAAGAUGGUUAAGACAGAAAUGAUACCUGCCGAGCCCAUGUCAAAGCCUCCUCCCUUUUCGGUUAUAGAGAUAUGGACGUGGGCUACUAUACUCGUUUCAUCGUUUGUCUUUGCAUUAGUCUCCCCAACAGCACUUGGGACAACUGCAAGAACUUGCCUUCCCUUCUUGCUUGCAGCUACAGUACUAGGAUACAUGGUCGGCUCGGGAUUAUCACCUGGUGUGAGGAAGGUGUUUCAUCCAAUUAUCUGUUGUGCAUUAUCUGCAGACGUGGCAGCAUUCUUCUAUGGUUUUUUUUCAGGUUCUGGACUGGAACCUGUUUUAGGAGACUAUCUCACUAAAGUGUCAUCAAAUCCUGGAGCUGGUGACAUCUUAAUGGGAUUCCUAGGCUCAGUCAUUAUUUCCUUUGCCUUUUCAAUGUUCAAGCAAAGAAAGCUAGUAAAAAGGCAUGCUGCAGAGAUCUUCUCUGCUGUGAUGAUUUCCACAGUUUUCUCCUUAUAUUCUACUGCUAUUGUUGGACGGCUUCUCAACUUGGAAUCUGCUUUGACCAUAUCAAUCUUGCCUAGAUGUAUCACUGUUGCUCUGGCUCUCAGCAUUGUCUCGUUUUUUGAAGGUGCAAAUCCAUCACUGACUGCAGCUGUGGUUGUUUUGACGGGGCUUGUUGGUGCCAAUUUUGUGCAAGCAAUGCUUGACAAACUUGGAUUAUAUGAUCCUAUUGCUCGAGGACUUGCGACAGCUUCUAGUGCCCAUGGAUUGGGAACAGCAGCAUUGUCAGCCAAGGAGCCUGAGGCUUUGCCAUUCUGUGCAAUUGCUUAUGCGUUGACAGGCAUAUUUGGCUCGUUACUUUGUUCAAUUCCCACUGUUAGGCAAAGCUUACUGCUGAUUGUUGGAUGAUAAACUUAGCUUGUUGAGUUUGUACGUGGACAACGUGUUGUACAUACAGUGGUUCUAGAUAAAAGUUGAAGAGAACCACCUGAAUUCAGUUUCAAUUAAGUUGAUGAUGAAAGAAAAGAAUGAUUUUGAUCAGAAA